GCAACAAUCCACGCAAGGUGAAUACGUGUUUCUCUGUAAUUUCCUCGGUCUCUUUCAUGUGGCGAGAUUCGAAUCCCGUGUGAAUCCUAUUAAUAUGUCCAUACCUAUGGCAACUAUAAGCAAUGGAAAUGGAUCAACGAUACAAAUCAACACGCGGCCAGAUGAUAUACAGAAUCGUAUCAUUGGCGCGGAUGAAAAUAUACAAGCAGACACUAGUACCUGUAAAAAUAUUCUUGUGGUACUAUCCUGGAUUAUCGUGAUUCUCACGAUGCCCUUUUCCUUAUUUAUUUGUUUCAAGGUGGUACAGGAAUACGAGAGAGCCGUGAUAUUUCGUCUAGGACGACUACUUGCCGGUGGCGCUAAAGGACCCGGCAUCUUUUUCAUUCUUCCUUGCGUGGAUAAUUACGCUCGAGUCGAUCUACGUACACGAACGUACGAUGUGCCGCCCCAAGAGGUGUUGACAAAAGACAGUGUGACGGUGUCGGUGGACGCGGUAGUGUACUAUCGCGUGAACAACGCAACGAUUGCGAUCACUAACGUUGAGAAUGCUCAUCACAGCACCAAACUGUUGGCUCAAACUACCCUUCGUAACACGAUGGGGACCAGGCCGCUGCACGAGAUACUCAGCGAACGCGAAACAAUCUCCGGGAACAUGCAGGUCUCCUUGGAUGAAGCUACCGAUACAUGGGGAAUCAAAGUGGAACGAGUCGAAAUAAAAGAUGUACGAUUGCCAGUUCAGUUACAAAGAGCCAUGGCUGCGGAAGCUGAAGCUGCUCGAGAAGCUCGUGCCAAGGUUAUCGCCGCAGAGGGUGAACAAAAGGCUAGUCGAGCACUGAGAGAAGCCUCAGAGGUGAUAGGCGAUUCACCUGCCGCAUUGCAACUUCGCUACUUGCAAACUCUCAGCACUAUUUCGGCAGAGAAAAAUUCAACGAUCGUAUUCCCGUUACCUAUCGAUUUAUUGACGUAUUUUAUGAAAGCGAAUUUCGCGAAAGACUCUUAAUAUCACGAUACAAGUGAAGUUAAAAAACAGUCCACUAUUCGAGCAAAGUCAUCCAAAACAUUUCGUGCGCAAGAGAUUUGUAUGACGUAUAAUUAACAUUAUGUAACGUUAUGUACUAUGACACGAGGGUACAACAACAUAAGAAUACAUCUUAAUCUUAAUGCAUUACAAUUGCAAUCCAUCGAGAAAUAUUCGAUGGAGGUGAGAUUAGCUUUGAAAGAGAUUAUUCAUCAUUCAUUACAACCGACUACUUUUCCACCGAUAAUAACCGACCGUGAACUUUCUGCGAGAAUAUCAUACGUCUAGCUCGGCACUUAUCCAUCGAUUAUAACAAAACGUUUUGCACCCCAUCACCACAUCGUAUACCCUUGGACUUUUUAUUCACAAUUUUCUAACCUAAUCACUUACUUAUUUUAACAAUUUAUGAUAAAAACAGUAAGAAUGAUAACUCGCAAUCGAAGAUCUAAUGAAACGUUCGA